GCACACCACUUGACCAACGUACGAAGCUGUUUCAAAAUCAAAUCCCUCACGCGGAUAGUCAGCUGACGUCAAUCCCUCUCCGGCUCUCUCAAAGUGUAAACACAUCAGACUAUCGGAGAGGGAUUCUCUGAUCUCGCGAUCUAUCUAGCGACAUCAUCGAUAAAUUCUCGGCGAGAUUUCGACUUCGGAUACUGUGAUAGAUCCGCAAGAUGGCUCCAGUUUCGGCACUGGCCAAGUACAAGUUGGUGUUCUUGGGUGAUCAGUCUGUGGGCAAAACCAGUAUCAUCACUCGCUUCAUGUACGACAAGUUCGAUAAUACUUACCAGGCUACUAUUGGUAUCGAUUUUCUAUCAAAGACAAUGUACCUUGAAGAUCGAACAGUUAGAUUGCAGCUCUGGGACACUGCUGGACAGGAAAGGUUCAGAAGUCUUAUUCCAAGCUAUAUUAGGGAUUCCUCAGUGGCAGUUAUUGUUUAUGAUGUUGCAAGCAGGCAAUCAUUCCUUAACACUUCUAAGUGGAUUGAGGAGGUUCGAACCGAGCGGGGCAGUGAUGUCAUUAUUGUACUAGUUGGGAAUAAGACAGACCUUGUAGACAAAAGGCAAGUUUCAAUAGAGGAAGGAGAAGCCAAAGCUCGUGAUCUUAAUGUCAUGUUUAUUGAAACUAGUGCAAAGGCUGGCUUUAAUAUAAAGGCACUGUUUCGGAAGAUUGCAGCAGCCUUGCCAGGAAUGGAAACACUUUCUUCAACUAAGCAAGAGGAAAUGGUGGAUGUCAAUCUGAAGUCCAACACAAAUGCAUCACAGUCUCAGCCACAAUCUGGAGGAUGUGCCUGUUGAUAUACAAAAUUGGGAUCUAAGCUUACUCUUUUGGAAGCAUUUUGUUUGCAUGCUUCUGUAAUCCUACACAUAUAAAGUUUGUGUCAUCCCUUUGUAGCAUCUGGUGUUUGACUGUUUGUUUGAUUGUUAAAGAGAACUUGCCAACAGGAGACUAUACAGAUAUGAAUUGUGGAAAAUCAUGUGUUAUUGCAAAUGUUUUUGCUUA